AUGGGGAUGCGCUGGACUAGACGGUUCUCGACUUCCCCGCGAACAGCUGAUUAUGCGGAUACGCUGCCAAAUCUGAAGAUUGGUGCUCAUACGCGCGUCUUGUUUCAAGGAUUUACUGGAAGACAGGCGACUGCCAACGUCAAAGAAUCCUUGGAAUGGGGCACCAAGAUUGUGGGUGGCGUCAAGCCUGGUGUCGAGGGAGAGCAUCUGGGGCUUCCGGUGUUUCCCUCUGUGAAAGUGGCCCAGAAGAAAGCCAAGCCUGAUGCUUCUGCCAUCUACGUGCCCGGAAACCAGACUGCGCAGGCUAUUGAAGAGGCCAUCGAGGCGGAAAUCCCUCUCGUGGUAGCAGUGGCGGAACACGUCCCCAUCCAUGACAUUCUCCGGUCCAAAACCCGUCUUGUUGGCGCAAACUGCCCCGGUAUAAUCUCCGCCAUUGGCAAAUGUCGUAUCGGCUUCCAGCCUUUGCCGUGUUUCGCGCCAGGUAACGUCGGCAUCAUAGCCAAGUCAGGAACGCUGAGCUAUGAAACUGUCGCGUCCACAACGCGAGCUGGUCUCGGUCAGAGCCUGUGCAUCAGUAUGGGUGGUGAUGUGUUGGCCGGUACCAACUUUGUCGACGCGCUGAAGAUCUUUGAACACGAUGACGAUACCCAAGGUAUCAUUCUCGUCGGUGAGAUUGGAGGUACUGCGGAGAUGGAUGCGGCUGAGUGGAUCAAGGACUACCGACGGAGAACUGCUGAUCCCAAGCCCAUCAUGGCUCUUGUUGGUGGUCUGGAGGCACCUCCAGGACGGAUCAUGGGACAUGCGGGGGCUUGGGCUGCACCUGGUGAACCCGAUGCUCAGACCAAAUACCAGGCUCUGGAACGGGCUGGGGCGGUCAUGGUCAACCAUCCCGAGAAGUUUGGCGAGGGAAUGAAGACCCUACUGGGUAACAGAGCCACCCGACCAGGAACAAGCGUGGGUUCAUACAGAUCGGCUGUCCAGCAAAGGCGUAACCUGUCCAUCAAACCGUUUCAGGCACUCGAUAUCCUGAAGCAAAGGUCGAUCGCCGUCAGCGAAACGGCCUCGGACUCCGACGGAUCAGUCUCCAUCUCAGUGGAUAGAACAGCCUUGUCCCCGUGCAUCGUGGCAUCUUCGGGUCCUAAGUUUGAGCCAGCUCGAUCUCGCAAGUUUCCCUUCAGCUACAGUCUGGACACUUUUGAAAACAACGCGGUCAUCCCCGAGGUGGCGGCUUACUUGAGUCUACCCAUCUCAGCCCAGGGCAAGCUGGCUAGCCUGGUUCAGGCGUUGUGGGAGAUCUUCAAGGAGAAGGAGGCCUUUGUUUUGGAGACUCGCAUCGGGCUCUCUACGGAGGGUAGUUUGGAAGUCCACAGUGCCCACUUUGGAUUUGAUGAUGCAGCUUAUCGCAGCGCCGGGCGUCAGGAAGACAUUCACAGUUUGCGAAACAAAGCGGAGGAGGUUCCGGAAGAGGUCGAGGCUGAGAAGGAUGGAAUCGUCUACGUCAAGUACGAUCAUAAUGCCCGCAUGAACGGCGCUGGCCUUGCCAUGAACACAGUCGACGCUCUCACCAUCCACGGCGGACAGUGCGCCAACUUCCUCGACACUGGCGGCAAAGCUACCUCCGAGACCGUCAAGUCGUCCUUCCGAAUUAUCUGCUCCGACCCCCGCGUGAAGGCUGUCUUUGUCAAUAUCUUCGGUGGAUUGACGCGCUGCGACAUGAUUGCAGAGGGUAUCAUUAUGGCAUUCCGUGAUCUGGAUAUGCAAGUGCCUGUUGUUGUGAGACUGCGUGGGACUAAUGAGGAGCUUGGUCAGAAGAUGAUUGCUGAAAGCGGACUCCCUCUACAUGCAUUUGAUGGAUUUGAAGAUGCGGCCAAGAAGGUGAUUUCUUUGGCUAACAGCGAAUAG